AAGUACUGCGCUUUGAUUUGCCAGUCUGACUCUGACUGCGGCACUGGGUCCUGCCAGAAGAUCAUGGGCGUUGGUUUGUGCACUUACAGCGCCACCAACAAGAUGGCCCUGGAAGCCUCGAUGACUCAGGUGGCCAUUGCAGCCAACCCCACUCACUACGGUGACCCCAAGACCGGCUGCGAGUCUGAUGAGCAAGCGGUGCGUGUUCAGGGCUUGUCUGGGGACUUCUGCAGUCCCCAGUGCAGCAGUUCAGGCAGCUGCCCCAGUGACGUCCCCAAGGGUGACUCAGCCACUCCGGAGUGCGCCCUGCGCACCACCACCGGUGACAAGUACUGCGCUUUGAUUUGCCAGUCUGACUCUGACUGCGGAACAGGGUCUUGCCAGAAGAUUAUGGGCGUCGGUCUUUGCACUUAUGACGCGACAAAGAAGAUUGGCAUGGAAACGACAAUGACUCAGGUGGCAGUUGCAACCAACCCAAGCCACUAUGGCAACCCCAAGACCGGCUGCGAGUCUGAUGAGCAAGCGGUGCGUGUUCAGGGCUUGUCUGGAGACUUCUGCAGUCCCAAGUGCAGCAGUUCCGGCAGCUGCCCUAGUGACGUCCCCAAGGGUGACUCAGCCACUCCGGAGUGCGCCCUGCGCACCACCACCGGUGACAAGUACUGCGCUUUGAUCUGCCAGUCUGACUCUGACUGCGGCCUUGGCUCCUGUGAGAAGAUCAUGGGCGUGGGUCUCUGCACCUAUCCUGCCUCUGGCGCCGCACUGGCACCGGGACUGCAGCUUCUUCCUUCCGAGGUGAGGAGUAGGACAGUGCAGGGGAGGAGGGUGAGGACACUGCAGAAGCGAACAGAUCAAUCUUUAUCUACAGAGGAUUUGAGCUUGGGAGUUCUUUUGGAUGGUUCAUGUGACCAUGGCACUUGGAAUCGCGGAGAUCAGGAACUACUGUACUCUUCCUCCAUAAACCUUUCGUUGACCUGCAGGUUCAGGUGAAUCAGAGAACGCCUCUUCGACUCUUCUUGGUUCCUUACCUUGUGCAAGGUCCACGCAACAGAAGGGUGGCAACACCCUCCAAGAAGGCCGUCUUUCCUCCGCAGGUGCAGAUGAUCAUCUAAGGGCGUGGCGACAGGAUUCGGCCAAGGCCUGGCCGUGGCCUGCGAGGCCUGCGAGGCCUGCGAGGCCUGCGAGGCCUGCUCGCCUGAACGAAACGGUGGAUCCCAGAAAUCCUGGAAGUGGAAAGCCGCCUGUUUGUAGGGGAAAAGUGAGGAUGAGUGUAUCAUCCUUCUCAGGGAGUGUAUGUGGAUUCCAAAAGUCUGUCAAAGGCGGAGGUCCGUAUGUAGGGUGCGGGCCCAAAGGUGCGAUACGUGGAGGGGUUUAGGAUCGAAUCCAAGCGUAGCUCACAUGAGUGGGAACGGCCGAAAUUCGCCUUGGAUCCAUUCGUUCGCCGGAUAGCAUACGGGUUGCAGGCAGAGACAGUCGUCUCUUUAGGACAUCGGCCUGAAAUUCCAACCUGGAGAAAAUCCGCCACCCUAUGUGUCUCCAUUCUCCCCGGAAAGUCACUUGCGAGGCGCUCCAUGGUCGCUGAGUCAAGUCGUGCGCGACCCCGAGCGCCUCGUUGUCUGAGAGAUGGGCACAGCUGCGGUGAGCAGAUCUCAAAGGCAGUCGAGGGAUUUUCAGAUUGAC